AUGUGCGCGGCGCUGUUGCACAUCGUCUCGGACCUCGCGCGGUCGUCGACGACCUUCGUCGAGGGCAUCAUCCUCCUCAAGGUGACGUCGAUCCCGGCGACGCGGGCCGACGGCGUCUCGACGCUCGUCGUCUGCUCCAUCAUCGCGGUCGGCGCGUCCGCGGCGAUCCUCGCGUGGCUCCGGGAGGUCUACCACUACGUCACGGCGCAGAAGCCCGAAGGCGCGCUGCGGCCGCACACCCAUGCGCCGCCGCGGCGCCGCGCGGUGGCGCUGCGCGCCGGCGAAUUCGUGCCCGUGGGCGCGGUCCGCGCCGGCGAGGUGACGCGCGUCGAGAGCUACGGCUGCUUCGUGAAGCUCGACGACGGCGGCGCGUCCGGGCUCGUGCACGUGUCCGAGCUCUCGCACGAACGCGCGCGCCCCGAGGACGUCGUCGCCGUCGGCCAGCCCGUGCUCGUCAAGGUGCUCGCGCCGCGCGAGCCGGGGCGGACGUCGUUCUCGCUCAAGGCCGUGGACCAGCGCACCGGCGCGGCGUCUGCGCCGCCGAAGCGGGCGCGGAAGCCGGCGGCGACGACGAAGGUCUCGCUCGACGACUGCGUCGUGUCCUACAGUCGCGCGUCCGGCGCCGGCGGCCAGAACGUGAACAAGGUGUCGACGAAAGCCGAGCUGCGGUUCAGCGUCGACGACUCGAAGCUGCCGCCGGCCGUCCGCGCGCAGCUCCGGGCGACGCACGCGGCGCGUUUUCCCUUCCCUUCCUUAAUUCAUUCUAAUCCAGUUUCAAGUCUUAUAGACAGCGAACUGAAGGAGUGA